UUUGAUUCAUUUUAUUUUAAUUUUCCUCAAUUUUGUUUACUCCAAAAAGUUAAAUUAAUUGUUUUUUUUUUUUAUACUUGUAUCAGUGUGUGUGAGUAAUUUUGUAUUUUUAUUUUUCCUUGUGUGUGUUAAAUUCGAUUACAAUAUGGCUGAAAGUUACUCAUCGAUGAUCCAUACCCAGACUUGAACAGCCCCACCAACAAGCUUGAUUAAGCCAAUUGUGUCACUGGAAUAAUUUUAUUUAUUUAUAUUUAAAAUAAGUUAUGUUUUUUAUUAUAUAAUAAAUAUGUCAUCAGUUAAAUUAAUUGUGCUGGUUUAUUGUUAAUUAAUAUUUGUUUUAAAAAAAUUAAUUUAACAAGACAUAAACAUGUCAACUUGUUCGCAACUUACCAAGGAACUCAAUGAAUCUGUCAAGGCUCUUUUGGGUAAAAAUGUUAAAAUAUUAUUAAAAAACGUUGUUAAACUUGAAACGAAACCUGAAAAACUUGAAAAUCGUGUUUUGGUAUUUUCACCAUGUCGAUUAUUUUUGCUCACUGCCAAGGUUCCAACUCGGAUCGAUUGUCAUUUUCAUUAUUUGGAAAUAACAUCAGUAGAAUCAAAACGUCCAAAUCAGCUAUGUUUAACAGCAAGCGAAAGAAGUUAUAAUUUCACAACAACUGGUACAUCUGGUGUAUCAUUAUUAGAUACAAGUGAAAUUGAUGCAAUGAUAGAAGCAUUACAUACAGCAAUAAGAAAUAUAUUUCCAACAGUACCACUUAAUUAUGUUAUACGUAAAAUAGAUGUUAUACCACCAACAAGAUUACAAAAUAUACGUAGUAGUGAAUUAGCAAGAAGUACUGAGGCAACACGUACAACUGGACCAUGUGGUGGUUUUUCAACUCAAUAUGCAUGUAUGUGUGAUUUACAUGGUGUACAAUAUCGUGAAGAAGUAUCUCUAGAUGUUGAUACAAUAUAUCAAUCACAAAAUACAUAUGAAUUAAAUUUACGUGAUUUUGAUCAUCUUGAACAAAAAGAUUUAGUGCCAAUAAUAUCAGCACUCGAGUACAAUACAUGGUUUAAAAAAUUACGUUUAUCAAAUAUGAAAUUAAACAAUGAAUGUCUUGAUCGUUUGCUACACAUAAUCAAACGUUCAUUGUCAUUGGAAGAAUUAUAUUUUGAUAAUAUUGGUAUUAAAUCAGAUUUUGCUCAUAAAUUAUCAUUAGCAGCAAUAUCAAAUCCAAAUAGUGUAUUAAAUACAAUUGAUUUAUCAUAUAAUUUAAUUGAAGAUAAAGGUGCAACAUCAUUAUGUGGUUUAAUUGCAAAAUUAACAACUGGUUGUAAUAUAAAUGGUACAACAAUUAUUGGCUAUAUACCACAAGGUUUAAAAAAAUUAUCAUUAACACAUUGUAGUUUAACAUCAAAGGGUAUAUCACAAUUAUCACAUGCAUUUAAUUUAAAUAGAACAAUAACAACAUCAUUAAAUUAUUUAAAUAUCAGUGAUAAUAAUAUUAAAGAUGAUAUUAAUAAUUUAUGUAAUUAUUUACGUCAACCAAAUACAUUAACAUAUUUAGAUAUUGGUGGUGUUGAUGCAACACUUGAAUUAAUAUUUAAUGCAUUACAAAAUGGUUGUAUUACAAAUUUAAUACAUUUAAAUGUAUCACGUAAUAUAUUUAUAACUAAAAAAACCAAAGAAAUACCUCCUAGUUUUAAACAAUUUUUUACAUCAACAUAUACACUUAAAUAUUUAAAUAUAUCAUAUUGUAAAUUACCAUUAGAGGGAUUAAAAAAUUUAUUACUUGGUUUAGCAUGUAAUGAAAAUACAAAUGAACUUGAGCUUGAUAUGAGUGGUAAUAAUUUAGGUUCAAUGGGUGCACAUAUAUUGGAAUCAUGUAUACAUGGUGUACGUUGUUUAUCAUCACUUGAUAUUAGUGAUAGUAAUAUGGAUGUUGAUAUUGGACAAGUUAUAACAGCUAUUGGUAAAAAUAAAUCAAUAAAACAUUUAUAUAUGAGUAAAAAUUUACUUGGUAUGAAAAGUAAAAAUAUAACAAUUAUUAUGGAUUCAUUGGUACAAAUGUUACAAGAAGAUGAUUGUGUAUUAGAAUCAUUAUACAUACAAGAUUCACGUUUAAAAAGUGAUAUAUUUAAUUUAAUUGAUUCAUUAGGUAAUAAUAAAUGUUUAAAAAUUAUUGAUAUUAGUGGUAAUUUAAUUGGUGAUAGUGGUGCACGUAUAUUAGCUAAAACAUUACAAAUUAAUACAACAAUUAAAAAAAUUAUAUAUGAUAAAAAUAAUAUAACAAUACAAGGUUAUUCAGAUAUUAUUUAUGCACUUGAAAAUAAUUAUAAUAUUAAAUAUAUGCCAUUUCCAAUAUAUGAUAUACAACAAUGUAUGAAAAUAUCAUCUGAACGUACUGAACAAUUAUUUAAAAAAUUACAAGAUAUAUUACAAAGAAAUAUUAGUGAAAUUAAAUAUUAUAAUAAUUGUAAUAAUAAUAUAUUUAAAUUAAAAAAUGGUUUAUUAUUAAAUACAACACAAAAUAAUGUUGAUAGACUUGUUAUACAAACACAAGAUACAAUUAAAACACUUGCUGCUGAAACUUGUGAUUUAAAUAAUGAUAUUAAUUAUGCAACAAGUUUAAUACAAGAUGCUGAUAAUUCAAAACAACUAUCAACAAAACUACAUGAUUUAAUAAUACAACGUAAUAUGGAAAAUAAUUUAAUUAUUAAUAAUAAAUUAAAUGACAUAACAUUUGAUAUACAUAAAUUAUUAUGUAAUUGUAUUGAUGAUACAUUUGAAUUAUUAUUAAAAACAACAAAUGAUUAUUGUUCAAAUAUUAUGAGUCAAGUUGUUAUGAAAGGUGGUGAUAAAAGUGAACUAAUAACAGUUGAAGAUGAUAUACGUAAUAUAUUUAAAUCUAAAAAUAAUAUAACAAUUGAUUAUAUUAAUUCAUGUAUUAUUGAUAAAAGUGGUACAGAUAUUAUUCAUAAAAUUAAUGAAAUUAAUUUAACAAUUGCUGGUAAUAUUGCUGAUCGUAUUAAUGAUGAAAUUAUUGAUUUAUUAACAAGAUCAUAUAAAACAUUAAUUGGUGAUUAUUGUGAUCGUACUAGAUCAAGUACACCAGAUGUAUUAAGACCAAGUGCUAGUUCAAUAAGUAGUGGUAGUGUUAUUGGUAUUGGUACUGGUGUACAUUCAUGUCAUUCAACAACUGGUAGUAUUAUAUUAACAAAUGAUGAACAUAUUUAUGCUGUUGUAUCAACUGCUGAUUCAAUAACUGAUAAUUCAGGAACAAUUGGAGGUGAUGGUGAUUCAACAACACUUGAAGAUGGUUAUCCAUCACCAUGUAAUUUAAUGAUGGGAUCACCAAUUAUUAAUUCAUCAAAUGAACAAUCAUCACCAACAAAAUUGGAAUAUUUAAAUCUUGCAACUCCACAUCUUUCAAGUAAAAGAAAAGGCAUUAAUAUUAAUCGUAAUUUACGUCCAAAAUCAGUAACUGAUACUGUUGAAGGUUUAUCAAUUGAUGAUAUACCAAAUUUACUUCCAUCAAUUCCAAAAGAACAUAAUAAUACAGAAGGUAUAUCAGAAAAUGAGCAUAGUUUAACUGAAAGUCUUGAUUCAAUAUCUGAAUUACCAAAUACAUCUGGACAACAAUUACAGCAUUUAGUUAAAACACGUCCAAAAAGAACUAAAACACGUGCACCAACACGUCCAAUGUUACAACAAACAAUUGAUUCAUUAGCACUUGGUGAAGGUUUAGAUGUAUUUUUUCGACCAACAACACCAACAACACCAUUAGUAUCACCAACAAGUGAUGAUAUAUCACUUCAUACAUUUCCACAAAUUGAUGGUAGUCCAAAUUUAAGUGUAACAAGUCAACCAAGUAUACAAAUUGAUAAUAAUGAUAAUAGUAAAAAAAAUAAUAAUAAUAAUUGUAAUUCACCAAUGUUAAAAACAUUAUUAGAACCAACACCAAGAUCAAUAUCAAGUGAUAAUUUAGAAAAAUUUUCACCAAUUGCUGGACGUAGAUCACAAGGUGAUACACCAUUAACAGCAUCACCACUUGUACGUAGAAAUACAAAUGAAAAUGAUUCUGGUGAUUUUAAAAAAAAAAUAAUAAAUACAAAUUUACCAUCAUCAACAAAUUGUCAAGAUAAUAAUGAUUAUUGUACAACAAAUUCAACAAUAGAUAAUAAAAUAUGUGUUAAAGUAGCAAAAGCAAAUUUUGAAAUAAAUAAUGAUGUUAAAUUUGUUAAAAUAAAUAAAACAAUACCACCAGCAAUAGCACCAAAACCAAGACCAUGGAGUAUGAGUACUGAUAGAAAAUCUGGUGAAUUUAAUAAUUUAUUAAGUGAUGGUUCAUCACCAAAUACAUCAGCAGGUAAUACACCAGAUUCUGGUGAUGCAUUGGAAGAAUCAAUUGAUAAUGGAAUGAAUGGUCCUGCUUCAUUACCACCAACAUUAACUGGUACAACUGUUGGAUCAUUAAAUAGUAGCACUGUUGAAAAAAGAUCAGUCAAAGAAUUAGCAGCUAGUUUAAAUAAAGGAAAUAUUAAUGAUAGAAAAGAAAAUGAACAAAAUGUUAAUUCAUCAAGAUCAUUGUUUCAUCGUACUGUUGAACCAAUUUCCAACAAGGUACCAGCAGUAUUGAAAAAGGAUGAAGAAGGCCACAAGAUAUUUAAACUUCGACGUACAUCUUUUCUUCGUGAUUCAAAUUACAAUUACGACAAUGACACUGUUGACGUAUAGCCAAAUCAUGACAUCAAUCAUCCACGUAUUAUUAUUAAUAUUGAUAUUUUUAUUUUUAUUUUUUUCCAUCAAUUUAUCAACUCUGGAGCAUUCCAUGAUUUUUAUACAAAUAUAUAUUUUUUUCUUCAGCACACUGUGCCAUUUAUUUAUAUAUUAAUUUCAAUUAAUUAUCAAAUUUUUUUAAUUAAUAAUCAUGG